UGAAGCAGAAUUUAGCCUGUGGUCGACUAGAGAAGAUCAGAAGAAGAGGAGGAGGGAAAGAGGUUGUCUGUCGUCGUCUGAGAUGGCUUGGCUCACGCGAUUCUUGGCGGCUGUUGCUUUCUUAGCCAUCGGAGUUAUAUUCUCCCCUGAAAUCUUUGGAUCAAAAUCGAACGCUUCCCAUUCCAUCAAACUGUCAACCUACCUCAAAUUGGCGCAUCUCCUCAGCUUCUCCACGGCUUUUGGUGCCGCUCUAUGGGUCACCUUCAUCGGCGGAAUUAUCAUGUUCAAGAAUCUCCCGAGGCAUCAGUUUGGUAACCUGCAGAGCAAGAUGUUUCCGGCAUAUUUCUCAAUGGUCGGUAUCUGUUGUGCAAUAUCGGUGGCGUCGUUUGGGUAUCUACAUCCUUGGAAAUCUUCGUCCACUGCUGAAAGAUACCAACUUGGCUUCUUGCUUUCGUCAUUCGCAUUUAAUCUUGCUAACUUGUUUGUCUUUACGCCGAUGACUAUCGAGUUGAUGAGGCAAAGGCAUAAAGUAGAGAGAGAGAAUAAUAUUGGAGAAGAAAUUGGUUGGUCAAAAAAUGUUGAAGUCGCAAAGAAGAAUCCAAAGCUUGCUGCCAUGAAUAAAAAAUUUGGAAUGAUUCAUGGAUUAUCUUCCCUUGCCAAUAUCAUGUCAUUUGGCGGCCUUGCUAUGCACUCUUGGUACUUGGCAGGUAAAAUGGAUCUUUGAUCCAGUUUCUGCUUCCCUUUCUGUGGAGGAUUGUCGAGCUCAUAAGUUGUUAUUUUAACUAAGCCGCUGCUUGUUUUCUGGCAGUAUAAGAUGGAAAGAUUUAGGAUAUUUAUGUAAUUUCUGAAAAUAUGCUGUGGAAGUAUCACAGGACAUUGCUCCAAGAGAAUAUUGUAAUGCUCUAUGAAAACACUGGAAUUAUUCGGCUUCGCAGGGAAAUAA